AUGGAAACCUAUGUAUUUUGGAAUGCUCACGAACCAAUUCGUCGUCAAUAUGAUUUCAAUGGAAAUCUUGAUCUCAUUCGGUUUAUUAAAACAAUUCAAGAUGAAGGAUUAUCUGCAGUACUUCGAAUUGGACCUUAUAUUUGUGCUGAGUGGAAUUAUGGGGGUUUUCCUGUAUGGUUGCACAAUUUGCCUGGAGUUUCUUUCCGAACUAAAAACGAUGUGUUCAUGAACGAGAUGCAAAAUUUCACUGCUUUAAUCGUUGACAUGGUCAAAAAAGAGAACCUUUUUGCAUCCCAAGGAGGUCCAAUUAUUCUUGCUCAGAUUGAGAAUGAAUUUGGAAAUGUCAUGGGUCCUUAUGGAGCUGGCGGAAAGGAGUAUAUUCAAUGGUGCUCUAAUAUGGCUGAAUCUCUGGGCGUUGGUGUCCCAUGGAUCAUGUGUCAACAACAAGAUGCUCCAAAGCCAAUGAUUAACACAUGCAAUGGUUUUUACUGUGAUGAAUUUAAACCAAAUAAUCCAAGUAGCCCUAAAAUGUGGACAGAAAAUUGGACUGGCUGGUUCAAGAGUUGGGGUGGUGCUGACCCUUAUAGAACAGCGGAAGAUCUUGCUUAUUCUUACCAUGGUGGCACCAAUUUUGGUAGAUCUUCAGGUGGCCCAUAUAUCACUACUACAUAUGACUACAAUGCACCUCUUGAUGAAUAUGGAAAUCCGAAUCAACCAAAAUGGGGAUAUUUGAAGCAACUUCAUGAUGUCUUGCAGUCGAUGGAGUAUACUCUUACUCAUGGUGACAUCCAGGGGCGGAGCUAA